AUGGCACGCUAUAUCGUCGUUAGCCUGCUCGUUCUCUUCGCUGCCGCGUCUGUUGUAAACGCAGGCGGUAAAGGCAACUCGGGUAACCCGCCGGGUAAAUCGGGUGACGCGCCGGGGAAGGCGAAGAAGAGGGGCCAUCUGUGCGUCGAUGGCUGCGACUACGAGAAGGGCUCCUUCGACUACUGGAAGGUCCCCGAGUACCAAGAGUGCAUGUCGAAGGCGACAAAGGACACCGCCCCGUGGUGCGCGGCCGGCGCGGUGAACGCCAAGGACUGCUGCGAUCGCUGCAAGAACCCCGGUACCACCCUCGACGGGAAGGCCUAUGUCUGCAAAUACUGGGUGCACAUCCCAUCGUCGCCCAGCGAGGGCAAGUGCAACGGCAAGGAGUGCGGCAAGUGCCUUCUCCUGCCGGAUCUCAACUCCCUCAUGCCCACUAAGAGCGACAAGAAGGGCUGCGGCGGAAAGAAGGAGCUGCCUCUUUCUGCGUAA